GAGAGUAGCGCUGUGUGUGAGAGAGAGGUAGAAACAAGAGGAGCUGGCUGGGAAACAAUAGAAGAACAAAUCCAGUGUUGCGUGCAGGAUCUCAGCCUCGUCUCCCCAGCCGUCUCUCCCCGCCGCUGAAGAGUAAGAUGGAUUGAGAAGACGGGGGAUGGAGCAGCCUGACGAAGCGACCUUCCUGCCUCUUUCCUCCCGCCAGCUUCUUGACUCGGAGCCUCCGCUGUAUGAACGAGAACAAGAAGAGGCUUGACGAUCCUCCCGCUUGAGUGAAACUCGAGAAUCCAACGUGGCUGAUUAGGAAGCGUGACCAGGAAACAGCGCUGUGACGUGUUGGGCAUCCCGUGGGGAUCAGGAGCCUCAGGGUGUCCCGAUCAUGAAACCGCCGGUGUCCGUGGGUCCCCCGUCUGGCCUCCUGCUGGUCCUGAUGUGCUGCCCCCUGCUGGGCCUGGUCCAGUCUGCCAGCAGCAACAAGGCCAGCGAUAACACACACGCGCACCUGAGCGACCCCGACCCCGAGCGCUGCAUGAGGCACCACUUCGUUGAGACCAUCACACACCCAAUUUACAAAUGCAACUCCAAGAUGGUGUUGCUGGCACGCUGUGAGGGCCACUGCAGCCACACCACCCGCUCCGACCCGCUCAUCUCCUUCAGCUCCGUGCUCAAACAGCCGUUCAAGAGCUCCUGCUCGUGCUGCCGGCCGCACACCUCCAAGCUGAAGGCGGUGAGGCUGCGCUGCGCCGGCGGGACUCGCAUCACCGCCACUUACAGAUAUAUAUUAGCCUGCAACUGUGAGGAGUGCAGCUGAAGAGGCAGCAGCUCCCCCCUCAGACCUUCAAGACUCUCAAGAUCAGACUUUUUUUUCUUCAAGCGUCAAACCUCAUUAUAAAGUUGAUUAUUGGAUCAGACAAUUGCCUCGGAGAUCCUUGUUUGCAGGAAUCCAAUCACCGCCAUAUGGUCGUCAAAAUUGCCCUCGGGACCUGCGUUGAACAUUCUACAUUCUCCACGACAAGCAUUCAAUCAGCGCAAACCAUGCAAACACAUUUCUCCAGCUCACACGGCCAGACACCACAAACUGCUGCUCCCACGGGCCAGUUUGAGACGCUUCUCCCACAGAGACACGCUCAUUACAGGCCUCUGUAAUCUCCAACACACACGCUCGCGGACUGCAGCAUGAGAGCUAAUUAUGUGUCGGAGCCUCCUCUCAGCUCCAAGAAGAAGCCACAACGCACUUGACAACAAAACAACAUGCCUCAUUAAAGAAAAAGGAAAUGAAGUGGCGUGGUGAAGUAUGAAGGUUCGACCGGCAUCUGCGUGACGGUGUGGGCCGUCAAUAGACUGUCGAGGAUAUCAGCGGCCAUUAAACGUAUAAUCUCUGAACCUUUGUGAUGUCGUAACUGCAGCUACUUUCAUGCUGGAAUGAUAAAUCUGCCGCUAACGCCUGUCGUGUAUCGUUACUCGUGACAUGUCCCGCGCUUGGACGCGGAGGAUGCUCUCCCGUCGAAGCAAAGGGACUAUGGUUACUCUACAAAUGUCUGUAAAGCCUGUGUACAUGUUUCUCACAGUUCGCUGUGAUGGGUGCGAAACCUCACACUCAUAAAGUUCAUUCUCUCUGUGUGACUCAUCGGCCUCCACAAGUUGUUGUCUGUUUAUCUGAAUCAAAACAUGUCCUGGUUCAGAUUGUGGUCUCUGUGUGACUGUAAUUGUCUAACCACGAAAAGAUUUAGCUGACACUUGAAAUUCAGACAAAUAAACUAAUCAUUUUAUGGACGCACAGAAAUAACCCCCCCAUGAAAGCUUAUUUUCUUUCAUUUUCCUUUUGUUUUUGAUUGUUUUUGGGUUGUUUUAUAACACACACAUUUAUAGUAAUUUAUCAUGUUUGGUGUGGUCCUCAGCCGACGACAGUUGAGAAAAAGCCCCUCAGUCCAAAUCCUCAACACUUUGUAACAAAAGUCAAGACUCCAUUGAUCCAUUUUCUAAAUCCGCUUCAUACGCCACCCUGGUGGCGGAGGGGUGGGUGGUAUUUUUGACAAAUGGUCUCUUACUGAGUAGUUUACUCUAACCUAAAGUAUUUUUGGUGUCUAAACAUAAACAAACAGUGACAAUAAACCUCUAAAAAGACUGGUUUCACACAAGAGACUCAAACUUGAGUCUCCAAGAGUUUAGCGAGUGAAACUCCAAGUCUGCAGGAAUCCUGCUUCCACCCCAGCGAUGUCUAUACGUGACUGGCUGACAGUCCCACUGUGAGCGAUCCAUUGGCAGACCCACGUCACCAUUUUCAUAACUAUGUUUUCAUUCGUUUUGAGUUGCAUAAAAAUAAGCACCGUUGUUUUCAUGACUUGUAGAAGGAGAUUGAUGUAGGCACAGAUACCAGUCGUCACCCUCAUCGCCGCUUCACUACAGUGGCCCAAACCAAACACUGGCUCCGGGCCUGACUCUUCACGCUCACUGUGGCUCCGGAGCUACUAGACGUUGCUACGGCCGACGUACUGAACCUUGAACUUCUCUUCUAACCCUGCAGUCAGCGUGUCACUGCAACAACACCAAAGAGCAGCUCAGAAGCGCUGACAGCUUUGACAAAACGAUGGUAACCAUGAAUGGAGUCAUUUGUAUUUCCACACAAAAACCACCAAAUCGCAUUUUAAAACGAUACCAAAACCACUUCCAGGGGUGUAAUGAUUUACACCCCACGACAUCCUGAGAUGCUAUUUACUGGUAUGCAUUUUUAAGGAACC